AUGAAGCCCUUCUCGCGAAGCACGACGAAGAGAGGCGUCCGGCCGUCCCCGACAUUCUCGCUCCCGGAGAAGGGAGCCUACGACACCGACCAGUUCAUGCUGGGCAUGAUCUUCCACGCGCGGAUGAGGCAGCAUGAGUGCCUCACCGCCGACCCUACCGUCGCCGACGCGGUGUACGUCCCGUUCUACGCCGGGUUCGAUGCGGCGAUGAACCAGGACAACAGCGACCUAACGGUGCGGGAUGCGCUGCCGCAGGACAUGGCGGACUGGCUGGUGCGGCGGCCGGAGUGGCGCGCCAUGGGGGGCCGCGACCACUUCAUGCUAGUCGGGCGGUGCACGUGGGACUUCCUCCGCGGCCCCGACGGAGGCUGGGGCAACGCGCUGAUGACCUACCCUGCCAUCCGCAACAUGACGGUGCUCUCCGUGGAGGCCAGCCCGUGGCACGGCAACGACUUCGCCGUGCCGUUCCCGUCGCACUUCCACCCCUCCUCCGACGCAGAAGUCAUCGCCUGGCAAGACCGCAUGCGCCGGCUGGAGCGCCGGCGGCUCUGGUGCUUCGCCGGCUACUCCCGGCCCAGCAGCAAGAGGACCGUGCGCGCGCAGAUCAUGGAGCAGUGCGGCAGGUCGAGCCGCUGCGCCAUGCUAGGCGGCGAAGCGGCUGCGACGCCGGGGAACUACUCGCCCGGCCAUGCCAUGCGGCUGCUGGAGAGCGCCGAGUUCUGCCUGCAGCCGCGCGGAGACGGGUUCACGCGCAAGUCCACCUUCGACGCCAUCCUCGCCGGCUGCAUCCCGGUCUUCUUCCACCCGGUGUCGGCGUACCUCCAGUACAUGUGGCACCUGCCCAGGGACUAUAGGAGCUACUCGGUGUUCAUCCCCCGGGACGACUUGGUCGGCGGCCGGAACCUGAGCAUCGAGGAGGUGCUCAGGAAGAUACCGCCGGAGCAGGUGGCGCGGAUGCGGGAGGAGGUCAUCCGGCUCAUACCCACCGUGAUGUACAGAGACCCGGCGGCGAAGGGCAUGCAGUUCAAGGACGCGUUCGAUGUCGCCAUUGAACGGGUCAUCGACCGGGUGGCCAAGCGCCGCCGCGCAGUGGCCGAGCGACGGGAUUCGUAUCAGGACGGCGUCGACGGCGACUACAGCUGGAAGUACGACUUGCUUGAGGAUGGCCAGAAGGAUAUAGGCCCUCACGAGUUUGAUCCAUAUGUGGCCACGUAA